AUGUCGACCAUGUUUCGUGUGGCCUUGGUUUGUCUUUUAGCUUCAGCAGUCCACUGUGCCUGUCCUGCGGAUUGGUCCAGCAUCGACAGUCACUGUUAUAUGAUUAGCCACGGCAAACUCUCAUGGCCGGAAGCAGCAGAAAUGUGUGAAGCACUGCAAGGAACUCUGGCGACAUUCGAAAACAGAGCAGAUAUCAGCUCCAUUGCUUUCCAGCUUCAUGGAGACAUACGGGAUGAGAAGAUCUGGGUCGACGGAACGGACGCAGUGCGCGAAGGACACUGGAUCUGGGCCUCUAACGGACAUGACGUUAUUUCUUCCUUCUCCGGCCGCGUCUCCAAUAACGAUAAAGAUAAGAAUUGUCUGAGCAUGGACUCUGACCAUCACUUCCAGUGGUACGCCGAAAGUUGCCAUUCCGAGAAUUAUUACAUCUGCGAGAGACUCAACGUUGUUACCAGUGGUUCCCCCGGCAUUGUAGGAUAGCCAGAAUAAUCCCAAUAACAAGUGUCAAAGUGAUGUACAAAUAUAAUGAUUUAA